UCAAAAAUGAUGUGAUGUUUAACGUACUUUAUUACAUUAUUGUAACUUAUUUUAUCUAUGGUUAAGAAUUUUGUUUCGUCUAGUUAGUGAAGUAGUUAGUGAAGUACGUUUAAAAAAUGUAGGUGAUGUAAAAUAGAACCACUGUUCCACAGGAUAUUCCACGGAGUAGACCAAAAUUCAUCCCUUGAACUAGACUAAAAUUCUGUCAUGUCAAAUAGUGGUCCUCUUCCAUUAAGCUAGUGAAGUACGUUAUAAAAAGCUUAGAAUCUUUAAGAUUAUUGUAUCAAACUUGGUUAUAAAGUUAAAGGAAGAAGAAGUAAUAAAAAAAAAUUACCCUUAUACUCCCUCUACGUAGAAAAAAAUGCACCGACCUCUCUUUAGUUUAUGACAUUGUUCAAGUUGCCUUAUUGCAACUUGUUUUGAAAGUUGUGUGUAUGUGUGUGUGAGAGAGAAGAUGAUUAAACAAAGGCACGUCAUAUCUGAUAAUUCUUUGUUUAAUGAAAUUUCAAGGGUAUUCAGGAAUAAAGUCUCAAAUGGUCUCUGAAAUGCAUGUUUUUUAUUUUUAUUUCUUUUUCUUCUGUGAUUAUAUAUAUAUAUAUAUAUAAUACUCAUUAUAGUAUGAUGGUGUUGUAAAAGUUAAUGUGGGAUCCACAUAUUAAUUGUCUUGCACUAAUGAUAUGAGUUAUGUAUGUCAGAAGAAGAAGAAAUGUAUAAUUUGUGUCUGUGUGAGCGCGGAUUGUUGAUUGUGAACAAGGGAUGGAGGAAAAGAAAAGUGAAAUGUGGGGGAAAAAACUGCCUAUAUAUGUGUGUGUGUAUAUCCCGAGACAAAGUAGCAAUACAAAAAGCUCCAACUUUCCGACUCAUUUCUUGUGUUCUUCGGUACUUGCUUUAGAUAUAUUUUGCUCUAUAUUUAUAAAAUUUAUUAAUAUUUAGUUUUCCUUUCCUUUUUUAAUUAUCAAACCCUGCCCACAAAAGAAACACUACUAGUUAGUUGUUUCACAAGGUUUAUUUCGAAAGUUAGUUACUAAAACUCCCGCUUUAUUUGGAAGAACUAAACCAUCUAUGAUGGAGUGAAAUAUGGUGGAAUGGAACCCAAAAGGCUAUAUCUGAAGAACAUAAUCGCACGCUUGAUAGAUGAAUGCAAGAACAUGAGAGAACUCAAACAAAUCCAUGCCCAAAUCAUAACAUCACCACAUUUACCCAAACCCGACCAUUUCUUUCUCAUUUCUCGUCUCCUCUUCUUCUCCGCAACCUCCAAAUCGGGCUCUCUCAGCUACGCUGAAGAUGUUUUUAAAAUCGUAGAAAACCCGAAUCUAUUUGUAUACAAUGCGAUGAUUAGAGCUCAUGCUUACAAAAUGAAAGAUUGGGAUGGACCCAAUUCGUGCCGGGCCUUGAUUCUGUAUAAGCAAAUGCUAUGCAAUGGCAUUGCACCGGAUUGCAUCACUUUCCCUUUUAUCGUUAAGGAAUGCACGGGGAGGCUUGAUGGUGUCACAGGUCAAAGCAUUCAUGCCCAUGUUGUUAAAUUUGGAUUUCAUAAUGAUGUUUUUAUACAGAACUCAAUGAUAAGUUUGUAUUCAGCAUUUGGGUUUUUGAAGGGUGCGCGGAAGGUAUUUGAUGAAAUGUCAAAUAGAGAUAUUGUUUCCUGGAAUUCGAUAAUUAUUGGGUGUUUAAGAGGAGGGGAUGUUGACUCGGGAUUGGAUUUAUUUAGGAAGAUGGAGAAAAGAAAUAUUAUUACUUGGAAUUCAAUCAUAACGGGGUUUGUUCAAGCUGGCAGAUCAAAGGAGGCCUUGGAACUUUUUCAUGAAAUGCAGGUAGAUGAUGUGGUUAGUCCGGACAAGAUCACCAUUGCAAGUGUGCUUUCUGCUUGUGCUUCUCUUGGUGCGAAUGUUCAUGGGAAAUGGGUGCAUGGUUACUUGAAGAGAAGUGGUUUAGAGUGUGAUAUGGUAAUUGGAACGGCACUUGUUGACAUGUAUGGUAAAUGUGGAUUUGUGGAAACAGCAUUUCAGAUCUUUAUGGAAAUGCCCGAGAAGGAUGUUAUGGCGUGGACAUCCAUGAUUUCAGUGUUUGCUCUUCAUGGUUAUGGUAUGGAGGCUUUUGAUCUGUUUAAAGAGAUGGAAUCAGUUGGUGUGAGGCCUAAUCCUGUGACGAUUGUCGUGCUAUUGUCAGCUUGUGCUCAUUCUGGGUUAGUAGAGAAAGGCCGCUGGUGUUUUGACUUGAUGAGACAUUACUCAAUUAAGCCACAGGUCCAGCACUAUGCUUGCAUGGUUGAUAUACUUAGUCGAGCUUCCCUCUUUGAUGAGGUAGAAGGGCUUAUCAAAACCAUGCCGAUGGAACCAGAUGUGUUUGUUUGGGGGGCAUUGCUUGGAGGAUGUCAAAUGCAUGGGAAUGUAGAGUUAGGAGAGAAGGUGGCACAAACAUUGAUAGAUAUGGAGCCUCUAAACCAUGCCUUCUAUGUGACUCUGUGUGAUAUAUUUGCCAAAGCUGGUAAAUUUGACAACGUGAAGAAAACUAGAGCUUUUAUGAAUGAUAAAUGGAUUAAAAAGGUAAUUCCAGGCUCUAGCAUGAUUGAAGUUGAUGGAAUUGUUCAUGAAUUCUCAGUGAGAGGAUCGCCUGAAGUUGUGAUGGAGGAACUAAUUUAUGUCUUGAAUUUGUUAAGUAAUGAGAUAAGAUAGAAGAAAAUUUUGGAGACAACUUGGUGAAUACCAAUUUAUUGAUGGAUAUGGAGAUUUGAGUGUUUCUCAUGCUCGAACGUUGUGAACCAACUGUGCUAAUUUCUUCCAUCACAUAAAUUAAGGCCAUGGUUCAGAAUAUUAAUCACACCUAAUUCCCGCUUUCCUUUGAAUCUGGGCUUUCCUUUAGGGCGUCCCCCAGAGCCUUGGUCACAUCAGCCGAAUACUCUUAUUAGAAUACUCUCAUAGUGAGAGAGUUGGGUGGCUGGACGCUGACUGAUCUGCUCGAAAGAAGGCAACGAAUUCUGAAUGAUCAGGAUGGACCUCUCUUGGUUCACCUGCAGCAGCAAGAACUUGGUACAAAUAUCAUUCUAUUUAUGUCGAUGCUAUUUCCAUGCUACUUAUUUUUAUUGAACUACGGGAAUUAUAUCCCAACAAACAAGUAAGGACAAAUCUUCAAGGAGCCCGCAUGAGAACUCUCAUAAUACUGUUUUUGGAAAAAAAUUUCUGGAGUAUGAGGUGCUGUGAAAUACAAAGUUGAAGAAUAUAAUAUGGAGGUAAAAAGUCAGUCCUGAUCAGCAUUUUUUUUUUUUUUUCCGCAGCAAGGAUACGGAGGCAGUUCAUUUAAUUUAUCCAUAAUCCUCCACAACUGUUUUCUUGCUGCUACCAAAUAUUUCUAUACAAGCAUUUGAAAGAUACAAGUACCAUGAUUUUUGGAUGCAAACUGUACUAUAGGUUGUGUUUGGGCAUUCCAUGGGAAAGUAAUCAUAAUGUUGUGUAUCUUAGAUUGCAUCAUUUUAUCAUUAUCAUCAUU